AUGGAGAGAAAUAAAAAAAUGAUGUUAAAUGUCAUACCUUAUCAUGUGGAAAAUCAAAGGGUUAUUAUGACGUUCAAUACAAUUCAAUACCAAAUGACACAAAAUGAUAUUGGAGUUUACAUUGCAGCUUCUAGAGUAAUUGCGGAAUGGUGUAAAAUAAAAAUUUAUAGUCAAGAAGAAUGAGAAAAUCUGAGAGGAGCGUUUGAUGAGUCCACAAAAGCUGUUAUGAUUCAUGUUACUUAUUUUUCUUAUUUAGAAUCAGACAAUUGCAUAUAUGUCCCUGUUCAUUUACCUUUAAACGGAGAAUCCAUCAGCCAAGCUUUUACCAUAAAUGAAGAGGUUAGGUUAAGCCAUUAAGAAAACGGCAUUAACCAUAUCUAGUAUACAGCUACCAAAGGCGCCUGUAUGAGAGACUCUCUGUUUGCAACAAACUGUAUGAGAGAGACUCAUAUGUUUUCAACAAGCUGAUAACUAGGUCUGGUCAUAACUGGUACAGUAAUCUCCUCCUUCGCUUGAGCAUUCAGUCUUGAGUGGCCAGCCUAUAUAUUCUGCGUCUCUGCUAUGCGCUAUUGGCGAUACCAAAGAUUGGCUCCAUCAAGCUGUCGCAUGCGAAAGUAUCUUCAUCUGAAAGCAAUAUAAAAUGACUACUCUCGAUGAAUCCAAAGUACAUUUUUGGGUAUCUCUCUUCCAAUCACAGGAAGCAGCCAAGCCUACUGAUGCAUAUCUGCUGAAGCUGCGCUUAGAGUCCGUCCCAAUUCGGCUUUUUGUUAGUUCAGGACUGUGCAAGAGGUUCGGCUAGGCACAUGCCAUCAUUCUAAUGUAUAUGAAGAGUUAUUAAUCGGUAAUUACAAUAGAUCAUUAGAACAUAACUAUUUUGAAAAAGCUCUCCAAAAUGAAGCACUCUCUUAUCUUGUCCCGAUCUUAAUUAGCAAUCCUGAUUAUGCGACUUUUUAUUUUCCUUAUUAUAAACCUUAUGCUGGGUUUUUGGAAGCCUGGGGAUCAAGUAUUUUCUCCUCAAGUCAUGAAAAAUGGCAGCAUUACUGCGUUACCCAAAACCAACUCCCUUCAGCUGAAGCUUUGCAAACACUAAAAGGUAUAGUUAUUCUUGGAGGCAAAUAUUCUGCAUAUGAUGAGUAUGAUUGAUUAAUAAAUUUAAAGGUAUUCUUACAACAAAUUAAUAUAGACUACCCUUAUAUAAAACUUGUAGGGAUUUGUCUUGGAGCACAAAUUAUUGCUGAGACAUUUGGUGGAAAAGUCGAAAAAAUUUCUGAUACUUAUAUAGUCAAAUAUGAGUCUGUAUAUACAACCCCAGAAUUCAGAGAAAAGUUUUCAAAUGCUAGAGAAGAAUAUAAAGUUGCUGAAAACCACGGAGAUAAUAUAACAAGCCUUCCUCCGAACUGUGAGAUCUGAGGAUACUCUGACACAAGCCCAAUAGAGAUUUUUGGAAUUCAAGGGAAAUGGCUAGGAUUUCAAGGACAUCCAAAUUAUGUAGGAAAAUAUGUGGAGGUUUUUAAUCUCCCCUAUUUUAAAAAAAUUGAAAGAGUGACCCUAGAAGAAGCCGAGACUAUAAUUUCUCAACAAAAUUCGUACCAAUCCCAUACAGUAGAGCUGCUUCAAUGCAUUAAAGAGUUUUUAAGAAAUUAA